AUGGUAUUUGGUCAAAAUGAGAUUUUAUUGGAAAAGUGUUGUCCGGAGAACUUUCAUGUGAAAACUACAUGUGUUAUAAAUACUAUUGGGAAUAACAAUUUCUCUGAUGUACCAGUUUACGAUUUGAACGAAGACAACUCAAAAUUUCAAGUUAAAGAGAAAUUUAACAGUAUGUUUCGUGUGGUUGCUAAUGCGUCCAUUACUCCUGGAAAAGAAAUAACUAAUGCUCAAUUGUUGUUUAAUGGCUUCAUAAUUAUUACGGACGCUGACGUCAAAGAGCCAUCAAGCUUUUGUUUAGACUAUAAAGAAAAUGGCAACUCUACUGAAAUUGGCUUUUGGUUAAUAAAUAAUGGAACACAACAUCAGGAGAAACCAGUAAAAGAUUUAGAACAAUCCUACAUAUCUAUUACUGCAUUAUUGACAUCAUGUGUGUUUCUCUCAUUGACAAUACUGGUAUAUGUUUUUCUACCAAAGUUACGAAAUCUGAAGGGCAAAAUCCUUUUAUCGUGUGUUAUCAGUCUUCUUGGUGCAUUUCUAGCAUUGGCUACCAUGCAAAUAGUGGAAAUAAGUAGUGCUACAGUACCACCUUGCUACAGUUUUACUUCCCUUUUUUAUUUUUUCAUCCUGUCGAGUUUCUGUUGGAUGAAUGCUUUGUCUUUCAUGAUGUGGCGAGAUUAUGGGCGCAUGUUCGAGCGAACGCCGAGAGCUAACAAUCGAGAGAUUGAAAAUAGACGCUACAAGAAAUAUCUUGUUUAUGCUUGGGGAGUGCCUAUGAUUUUAACGAUUCUACUAAAUGUGUUAGAUCACGCAGGACUAGAGCGUUUUUCUUGGUUCAUGGUACCGAAUAUUAUACGAAAUGGUUGCUUUUUACAUGGAUAUGAAAGGCUACUUUACCUCGAUUUGCCUAUACUGUUAUUGUUAAUAGGAAAUUGGUAUUUCUUUAUUAUAACGGCAUAUAAUAUAUGGGGAACCUUCAACGAAACUAAAAUUCUAAACGAGUCUGCAUUGUCUUUAAAAAAACUGUUAUUAGUGUACGUAAGACUUUCUGUUCUGAUGGGAAUUUCGUGGGUGUUAGAAAUUGUCGCGCACCUCUUGCCGCCUUCACAUCUACAUCCAGUUUGGGUCGUGGUUGAUUUAUACAACGGGUUCAUUGGCGUCGGCUUCUUCAUGGUGCUCGUAUGCAAGAAGAAAAUAUGGAAUUCACUCCGACUAAGAUGGCAACACAAAGGCGCUUAUAAUACUGGUUAUUACUCGACUAGAUCUAAAUCAUCAAGAUUACAACAUACUCCAUAA